AUGACUUCCCAGUUACCCUUUCCAUCUUCCUUCAACCAUCGGUUGGGUACGAAUUAUGUGCCCACCCCUCAAGAAGUUGUCCAGCUUGAAGAAAUUCUUCGGGGACCGCAGGAAACGCUAGCUAGACUCAUUACCGAGAUAUCUCGUUUGGAGUCAACGCUACAAUCGCUGUACUUCCAACGCGACGCAAUGCAGGCCUGCAUAGACCAGCAUCGAGCAUUGCUAUCCCCUUUUCGACAUCUUCCUGUAGACAUUCUUCGGGAAAUUUUCAUCCAGACUCUGCCCAGUGACCAUUUUCCGACUCGUAGCCUGCUCCAAGCCCCUUUACUGCUCACAACGGUCUGCAAAACAUGGCGAGAAAUCGCGUUGACGACUCCCCAUCUCUGGACAGCCAUUCACAUCUAUAUUCCACAGCUUAUGGCCGAGUGCGACAUCGAUUCCCAUCUCGCCCUCAUUCAGGCACGCACCGAAGGUGUCAAACGGUGGCUUGAUCGCUCUGGCUCUUUACCGAUCAGUUUCUCGCUCGUCAUUGAUGCCAGACCACUGUUCUAUCCCAGUCGUCUCACCACGCCGCAUGCUGGAGGACUACUGGGAUUCCCGGGUGUGGUUCGCACUAAGAGGGUUGAGAAGAGUAUUGAACUCAUGGAAAUACUUUUGAAGUAUUCCCCGCGGUGGGAAGGUGUUUGUGUUAGGCUUCCUCUCGUCUUGAUUUCGCGAUUCGAGUCCCUAUUCAACAAACGGCCGCCACCUUGCUCUUUACCAGAGUUGAGAUCGCUUCGAAUAGCGUACUCUCUGCCGGACAAUGCAUUCGGGGAUGAUCCUCACGAUGGAAGAACCCAUAUGUUAUCCAGCGUUUUGCAAGCUGCCCCUUCUCUUCGUUCGCUUCACCUCAUCAACGACCUACAUCAUGACCCUUUGCAUCUUCCCCUUGUAUGGACCAAUUUAACCGAACUGGUUCUGCAUCUUGCGAACGGAAUUUUCCCAUCGCAAGCUGUUGAUAUUCUUGCCUGUACAUCCCAAAUGUUACGGAAGUGUUCGAUGAUCAUCAAUGUUCCAGAGAGUGAUGGGGUUAUAAGAUCAGCCUUCUGUGGGGAACUCCCUCGAUUACAUGUCCUCCAAUUAACAUUCAUGACUCUCUGGCGCCAUCAGCCCGCAGCAGACGCAGUAUCCGAGGAAUUGCGUGGAGUGUUCGACCACAUUCAUGCUACUAGCUUGACUCACCUUUCCAUUACCGCGUCCCAAGUUCCUGAACGAUUGCCCCAAGUUCCAUUCCUUAAACUCCUUGAACGGUCUUCCUGCCAAUUGAAGGCCCUGGAAAUCCAAUUCCCCGUGUCGGAUACAGCGCUCGAGCAAUGCCUCCGACUGCCAGCAUGCUCGUCCCUAUCCUGCCUGGUCGUGAAGGAGGUUCAAACUAGGCCCGUUCGGAGUGCCUAUAACUCCGUCCCGACAAUUUCUGAAAGUCUCCUGACUGCUUUGACAUCCAAUUCGACGACCAACUCUCUAGACCUAUGUCCACUGUUGGAACGGGUGGUGUUCAAAAAUUGCACUUGUACUUCACGCAAUGUCCGGAGAUUGAUUGAUUUUAUUGCAACUCGUUCCAAACGUGGCGACGAAUCGAAUGCCGGAGCUCGACAGUUGAAGUUUGUGGCGGUUUCAUUUGCAUACGAUAUUGGCGAUGAAUAUCUUCCCGAGAUUGAGGCUCUGGAAAGGGAGGGUGUACAAAUAUGUUGGAGGUAUGAAAGGAGACGUAAGGCUGGUGAUUCACCUGAGGAAGGUCUGAUAGUUCCUGCAACGCUCGACGUUGAUAAAGAAUGGCUUUGA